CUUGACCACUCCUCACUUCAACAAAUUGUAUCUUACACAGGGUUGAGAUGAUUUGCUGGUGUCUCGAGAUCAGAAGACAUGAUAGCUCAAGUGACUUUAUAGUCUGAGUUCAUGAAGAAUGAUCUGGUCCUUUUAUCUUCCAAAUUUAAAUCGUUUAAUGCGGUUUGCCAUUCCAUUCUCACAUACGGAUGUCAAGUUUGAGGUUUUCAACCUUGAUCAGGUUGGAAAAAAUUGUUAAGGUACAUCAUCAAGCAGUUGUUCGCCUUGCUCUCUUGUACUCCAAAUUACAUGCUAUACAUAAACUACAUUUUGGCUUAGGGAAAUUCAAAUAUAUGAGUGCUUCCUAGCUACAGGGAAGUAGAUCGUACGAAGAACAGAAUUAAAUAAAUAUGUAAUGAAUAUGAUAACCUUUUUGGGAAGGUGUUGGAGAAUUUUUGGAGUAAUUAGAUCGAAACCUGGAGCUUUCUUUGAUUUAGGUGUUGUAUGGUAGAAUGAAUGUCAGAAGAUGAAAAAAGCUUUAGAAGGGCGGGAUAAUGGAAUCGGUGCUUUAGCUGGUCUUACUGUUGAUAUUUCUCUAUUCCCGUUAGACACCCUUAAGACGCGUUUGCAAAGCAGCGCUGGCUUUUGGAAAUGUGGUGGGUUUAGAGGGGUUUACAGAGGUGUCGGCCCAACUGCUAUCGGUGCAGCUCCCACAGCUGCUUUAUUUUUUGCAUCAUACAAUGGCUUUAAGAAAUUAUUUGAGGGGAACAAACUUUCUGAUAAAGAACUAUUUGCAGAAAGGAUGUUUGGUGCAGCUUUCGCAGAAAUGGUGUCUUGUAUUAUAAGAGUCCCUACGGAGGUGGUGAAGCAGAGAAGGCAAGCUUUCAUGCAGGAAACGGCUUUCAAAAUAUUUUCUUCCACAUUCAAAUAUGAAGGCGUUACAGGACUGUACAGAGGUUUCUGGGUCACUGUUUUGAGGGAUGCCCCGUUUUCGAUAAUUCAGUAUCCCCUGUGGGAACUUUUAAAGAAACAACUAAAUCAAGACACCCCUGCUGGAGGAGCUCUAUGCGGAGCGAUUGCUGGCUCAUUUGCUGGUGCUGUAACUACUCCAUUGGAUGUUAUUAAAACGCGAAAGAUGUUGGUACAAAAUUGUGAUGAGCCGAAAGCGGGAACGACUUGGUUUAUUAUUCAAGGGAUUUACCACCAAAGGGGAAUCAGAGGAUUUUUCGCUGGGUUUAUUCCUAGGACAGUCUGGAUAUUUCUAGGUGGUUUUGUGUUUUUUGGCACUUACGAAGCUGCACUCCAGUAUCUUGAAAAAUUAUAAGAAACUAGUUUUCCCCAAAUGUGGAUUAGUACUAUGUUUAUUGUCAUGUGUAAAGAAAGAUUUAUUUUAUGUAAAUAUAUUUGUUUUCUCACUUUUAAAAUUGAAUUAAAUUUAUCAGGGACUUUUAACCUUUUCUCUAA